AUGGUCCUCUUUCAAAAGAACCUCCAUUGUGGUACUGGACUCCCUUCGUCUGAUACACCACUAAAAGUCAUCACGUCGACGGCAUUGCCCUGCUGUGAGACACGAGUGAGUGCGGUUGGCAUUACCAUCGAAGAUAUCGUGUAUGUGGUGGAUAGUGGACAAAUCAAGAUUACCACCUAUGAUCCUAGCAACAAUACCUCGACGCUGGCGCCUGUUCUUGUGAGUAAAGCCAAUGCAACUCAGCGGAGAGGUCGUGCUGGUCGAGUUCGGGAAGGAAAGUGCUUCCAUCUCUUCUCCAAUUUCUCUUACACGGAAGUCAUGCUGGAUUUUCUUCCUCCGGAAAUCACUCGAACUCGUCUUGAAGAUGUCAUCCUGCGAAUCAAGGCCCUCAAGUUGGGACCCGUGACCACUUUUCUCUCGGGUUGCUUGGACCCACCCGACCUUGAGACUAUUCUUCGAACCCUCCGUUUCCUUCGAGACAUCCAGGCGCUCAAACCCCUUCCACCACCUGCCCAACUUAACACUAGCCUCUCAUCCUCCUCUUCAAUUCCAGUCAACCAACUUUCUCGCAUGUCUAAGCGUCAGCGGGACCGCGUCAUGACCAGCGCCAUUGAAGCUGGAAAAGCGGCAGUUGCAACAGACUCUGUUAGCACUGUAGAGGAGGACAAUGAUGUCUUAACACCCCUUGGACAUCACUUGGCAAACCUCCCACUUGACCCGCAGUGCGCCAAACUCCUCAUUUUGGGUGCGUUAUUUUGCUGUCUCCAACCGGCGCUUGUCGUUGCGGCGUGUUUGUCUUUCAAAGACCCCUUUGAAAUCCCCCUGGGACAGGAAGCUACCGCAGAUGCGAAACGAAGGGAGUUUGCCGAGGAUUCUCAGAGUGAUCAUUGGGCAUUCUUUACAGCGUUACGGUAUCCUUCAACAGUCUCGGGUGUGAAUAUUUUGAUGAAUCAAUCUUUCUCAACUGUCCAGGAAUUCAGACAACUUGGACAUAAUGACCGAUGGAGCUUUUGUCGAGAAAAUUUCCUCAAUUACAACACUAUGCAGUCCCUUUCACCUAUAUUGACUAAAAGAUGGAUAGCCAUCACUCUAAUCACCGUCCAGAUUGGUGGUGCCAGAAGGAAGGAUCUACUUCGACUGAUGCAGGACUUUGUGGGAUUGUUGUAUGAACGCCGAUACAUCAAGUCGGAGGAUAUGGACGAUCCACAAUCGAAUUUAUAUUCCCAUGAUGUUCGCAUAUUUCGUGCUAUUAUUGCUGGAGCCUUCUACCCGAACUUUGUCAUGGCUUCGGCCAAGAAAUCAAAGUCGGGAGGUGUGUUCUAUCGCAGCUCUGCAGCGGCUGAAAAGAUUGCCCUCCACCCCAAAUCGGUGAAUAAUGGAAUCAAACCAGACACCAACAUUUGGUUUGCCUUCUUCGAGAAAAUAAAACUUCAACAUAAUGCUGCGUCGACUCUAUUUGACACGACGAUGCUCAAUGUCCGACCAAUUGUCUUUUUCUCCUCCAAACUGGAUCAUGUUAAAGUGAGUCCCUCUAUUUCCCGCACGCAACAAGAUAGUCUGCUUGGCGACACAGACUACCUUAAAGUCGAUGGUUGGAUAACCCUGCGCUCAAGUCCUCGCAUACCACAACUUGUUGAGAGCUUAAAACAGUGCCUUGAUCGCCUGUUAAAUGACAAGGUACGCAAUCCGGGUCCAACCAACUGGGAUACAAGUACACUUGAGGGUCAGAUAAUGCAGACCAUAGUUGACUACUUCCUCAAUGAAGCACCGCCUAUCUUUCAUAGUCCCACAUUUCUUCAACAGCAAGCUCACCAACGCAGAGGAGGUUUUGGACGCGGAGAUUAUGGAAGAGGUCGGGGAAACUAUGGAAGGGCACGAGUAAACCGUGGUUUCGUCGGUGGUGGAAGGGGAAUCGGACCAGCAGUUAAGGCCUUUGCCGAUAUCCCCUUCCCGCCUCCCCCACCCCACCCCCCUCCAUUCCCAUAG